AACUUUCCUUCUAUGGUAAUCCCAAUCCUCUCAAUCUUCUUCUUCAGCAAAGAUUAAAAAAUGGGAAGUGGGAACUGUUAGUGUUUGGUAGGCACAAGAAUGGCAAACGAUUCUCAAAACUAAAUCCUCCCAAUCGCAUUAGCCCUAUCCCCUUCUUAAUUCUUUCAUGUUCUUCCAAUUCUCCCUCGAAAUUCCCUUUCUUCUCUCUUAAUAUCUCUCUUUUGCUGUUUUCGAUGUCUCUACCUUCUAUCUUCGCUCCUUCCUCUCAUUUUCCCCUCCCAAUUUCACAUUUCAAGCCCUCUCGCCAUUGCAGAGCUUCAAUUUUCUUGUCCAUCGAUUAUAGAUGCUGCAAGUCCAUCUAUGCAUCCUCUAGAAGUAUUUCCAUACGAUCGCCGCGCAUCUGCGCUUCUUCGUCCGAUGGCGCGUCGGCUUCAGUUCCCUCUGAUAGUGAUAACACUUCCAGUAACUUUUGUAUUAUAGAAGGACCGGAGACCGUUCAGGAUUUUGUUCAGAUGCAAUUCCAGGAAAUUCAAGACAACAUAAGGAGUCGUCGUAAUAAAAUUUUUCUUCUAAUGGAAGAGGUUAGAAGAUUACGAAUUCAACAACGUUUGAAGAAUCUAAAACCUAUCGAUGAGAAUGACAUUGAAGAGGCGAAUGAGAUGCCUGACAUUCCAUCAUCUAUUCCUUUUCUUCCCCACGUGACACCUAAGACAUUGAAGCAGCAAUAUUUAACCAGCUUGUCAGUUAUAUGGGGAAUAAUUGUAUUUGGUGGCCUUAUUGCCCCAACUCUGGAGCUAAAAUUGGGAUUAGGUGGCACUUCGUACGAAGAUUUCAUCCGCAACAUGCAUUUGCCUAUGCAAUUAAGUCAAGUGGAUCCCAUAGUGGCGUCAUUUUCAGGUGGAGCGGUAGGUGUCAUCUCGGCCUUGAUGUUAAUUGAAGCCAACAAUGUUGAGCAACAAGAGAAAAAAAGGUGUAAAUAUUGUCAUGGAACUGGGUAUUUGGCUUGUGCUCGAUGUUCUUCCAGUGGCGUCUGCUUAAGUGCUGACCCCAUCUCACUAUCUGCUUCUUCUAGCCGCCCUUUACGAAUGCCCAAAACCCAAAGAUGUCUCAAUUGUUCCGGUGCAGGAAAGGUAAUGUGCCCAACAUGUCUUUGCACGGGGAUGUUGAUGGCAAGUGAGCACGACCCAAGAUUCGACCCAUUUGACUAAGGUUAAACUUGUAACUUGCAUUUCAACUUUUUUUUUUUUCUUUUUCAAAAUUUAUUUUCGUGUUUGUGACCUAAAUAUUAGAUUUGAAAACUCAUAUAUAUACACAUAUACAUAAGGUAGAAAUGUUGGUAAAGUAGCACUUUAGGACCAAUAAACAUUCAUAUCCAACGAAUAUCAAUUUUAAACUUAAAUGUUGGAGUCUCCCUGAUGAAAAGAAAAGUGUUUCUAGAAUUGAUUAAA